GAUAGCGGGGGAUCCACUGCAUUUCAUUACGCUGCCAGAUAUGGACACGAGGAUAUCCUGGAAUAUCUGUAUGACGUAGAUUCAGAGACAAUAACAACAAAGAAUCAUGGCGGCAGAACAGCCGUGCACUGGGCUGCUCUUCAUGGUGAGAAAAAGAUUUUAAGUUGGAUCUUUCAGAAAGAUCCUGCUAUCUUCGAAGUGGUGGACAAAGAUGGUUGCAAUGCAGCACAUUUUGCAGCAACGAAUGGCCAUUUAUCAGUUUUCCUGUUUCUUGCUGCAAAAAUGCCAGAUCUCAUCCGAAGUCCCGACAAUGAUGGCCGUACUCCCGCUCAUAUUGCUGCAAGCAAUGGACAUGAAAACAUCAUUGAAGCUUUGCACGCCAAGAGACCCAAUCUUUUGAUGGCAAAAGACUAUAUCAAUGCCACCCUAUUGCAUUAUGCGGCGAGCGGUGGAAGAUAUCAAGUUGUUGAGUUUCUG